GCGAGAGACAAAAAAAUCCUCCGAGUUCUAUAACCUGAUGAUUGUACGCCGUUUCGCCUGUCGAGUCAUAAACACUCACCUGUAUGCCUGGCUGAGAAAGCCGUGGAGAAUCCAGGCCAUGGCCAGACCCAGUUCAGACCUGGCAGCGUUCAGGAAGGUUUUCUCUAAAUCCAACAACAUCGCCAUCAUCACAGGAGCAGGAGUGAGUGCUGAGAGUGGAGUCCCAACUUUCAGAGGAGCAGGAGGCUACUGGAGAAAAUGGCAAGCGCAGGAACUGGCCACUCAGACGGCCUUCGCCCACAAUCCCUCUCGUGUUUGGGAGUUCUACCACUACCGUCGUGAGGUCAUGCUUACCAAGAACCCCAACCCCGCCCACCUGGCCAUCGCAGAGUGCGAGGAACGUCUUGGCAAACAGGGCCGAAAAGUUACCGUCAUCACGCAGAACAUCGAUGAGCUGCACCGCCGCGCUGGAUCAAAAACCCUGCUAGAAAUCCAUGGCAGCUUGUUUAAAACGCGCUGCAUGAUGUGCGGUCACGAGGAGGCCAAUUACAAGAGCCCCGUUUGUGCUGCUCUAGAGGGCAGAGGAGCUCCUGACCCAGACACGCAUGACGCCCAGAUUCCUGUUGAGCAGCUUCCCCGAUGUGAGCAGAGGGGCUGUAACGGGCUCCUGAGACCGGCUGUGGUUUGGUUUGGGGAGACCCUGGACGCAGACAUCCUCUCUUUUGCAGAGAAAGCGUUGGACAGCUGUGACCUGUGUCUUGUAGUUGGCACCUCUUCAGUCGUGUAUCCAGCAGCCAUGUUUGCUCCUCAGGUAGCAGCCAGAGGUGUUCCCGUGGCUGAAUUCAACAUGGAGAAUACUCCAGCCACUGAGCGCUUCAAGUUCCACUUUCACGGCCCUUGUGGGACCACCUUACCCCCUGCGCUGGCACGCCACGAGAGCGAGCUGAACUGAAAACACAGAACUGUACUGCCAAAAACGUGGUAAUGGGAAGGAUCUGGAGAGGAGGACAAAGGGGAGACUUAUUAAUAGAAACAGCGUGCACACUGAGCAGUGAACUUCACUAUUAAGCAUGGUUUUAAAUAUUGUUUUCCAAAGCUGCACUACACAUCUGUGUUGUCAGCACUGACUUAAAAACAGAAGUUUUUAAGUGUAUGAAAAUCAGUUUAGAGCAAUGAAUUAAACUUUUAUGACAGCAGGGGUCAGUGUUUAGCUGCUGCUUCUUUUCAGAGGUUGUGACUGCUAACUGAGAUGUACAGAAAUGGGUGUUUUUUUGAGGUACUGAAUGAAGAGUAUUCAAUAAAAACUGCUGAAUUUA